AUGCCAUCAUCUUUGCAAUCACUUGUAGACCCUACGUUAGCUGAAAUGGGGAAGAACUUGAAGGAGGCGAUGAAGAUACUGGAGGACAGUGAGAGGAGAACAGAGGAGGAAAAUGAAAAGCAGCCUGAAUCAGAUGACAUCCCAGGACCACUCCAGGGCAGCGGACAGGAUAUGGUGAGCAUCCUCCAGCUGGUUCAGAAUCUGAUGCAUGGGGAUGAAGACAAGGCGCCCCCAAGUUCCCGAAUCCAGAAUAUUGGCGAGCAAGCUCACAUGGCUUUGUUGGGGCAUAGUCUGGGAGCUUAUAUUUCUACUUUACACAAAGAGAAGCUGAGAAAACUUACAACUAGGAUACUUUCAGAUACAACCUUAUGGCUCUGCAGAAUUUUCAGGUAUGAAAAUGGCUGUGCUUAUUUCCACGAAGAAGAAAGGGAAGGACUCGUAAAGAUCUGUAGGCUUGCCUUUCAUUCACGAUACGAAGACUUUGUAGUGGAUGGAUUCAAUGUGUUAUAUAACAAAAAACCCGUUAUAUAUCUUAGUGCUGCUGCUAGACCCGGCCUGGGCCAAUACCUUUGUAAUCAGCUCGGCUUGCCCUUCCCGUGCUUGUGUCGUGUGCCCUGUAACACAGUGUUUGGAUCUCAACAUCAGAUGGAUGUUGCCUUCCUGGAGAAACUGAUUAAAGAGGAUUUAGAAAAAGGAAGACUGCCCCUCUUGCUUGUCGCAAGUGCUGGAACUGCAGCAGUUGGGCACACAGAUAAGAUUGGGCGUUUGAAAGAACUCUGUGAGCAGUACGGCCUGUGGCUUCAUGUGGACGGUGUGAAUCUGGCAACAUUGGCUCUAAGCUCUGCCUCGUCCUCAGUGCUGGCUGCGACCAAAUGUGACAGCAUGACGCUCACUCCUGGCCCCUGGCUGGGUUUGCCAGCUGUGCCUGCAGUGACCCUCUACAAGCAUGAUGAUCCCGCCCUGACUUUAGUUGCUGGUCUUACAUCAAACAAGCCAUCAGAUAAACUCCGUGCCCUGCCGCUGUGGUUAUCGCUACAGUACUUGGGUCUCGAUGGGAUUGUAGAAAGAAUAAAGCAUGCCUGCCAACUGAGUCAGCGGUUGCAGGAAAAUUUGAAGAAAGUGGACCACAUCAAAAUCUUGGUGGAAGAAGAGCUCAAUUCCCCAGUGGUGGUGUUCAAAUUUUUCCAGGAAUUACCAAAUUUAGGGUCAAAUCCAGGGCUCACAGCUGCGCUCGGGCCCAAUGUGGCACCUUCGGCAGCCGGCCAGGAGAGGCACUCCUGUAAUGCACUGAAUCGCUGGCUGGGAGAGCAGCUCAAGCAGCUGGUGCCUGAGAGCGGCCUCACCAUCAUGGACCUGGAGGCCGAGGGCACGUGCGUGCGCUUCAGCCCUCUGAUGACGGCGGCAGUUUUAGGAACUCGGAUCGAGGACGUGGAUCAGCUCGCUGCCUGCAUAAAGAGCAAGCUGCCAGUCCUGACCUGUACCCUGCAGCUGAGGGAAGAGUUCAAGCAGGAAGUGGCAGCCACGGCAGGCCUCUUGCAUGUGGACGACCCUAACUGGCCUGGAAUCGGGGUUGUCAGGUACGAACACGCCAAUGACGAUAAAAGCAGUUUGAAAUCAGAUCCUGAAGGGGAAAAAAUCCAUGCUGGCCUCCUGAAAAAGUUAAAUGAACUGGAAUCUGACCUUAUGUUUAAAAUGGGCCCUGAGUACAGAAGCAUGAAGAGCUGUAUUUACAUCGGCAUGGCCAGCGAUGACGUGGACAUUGCUGAACUUGUGGAGACCAUUGCAGUCACAGCCCGAGAGAUCGAGGAAAACUCGAGGUUGCUGGAGAACAUGACCGAGGUCGUUCGGAAAGGCAUUCAGGAGGCGCAGGUCCAGCUGCAGAAGGCGAACGAGGAGCGGCUCCUGGAGGAGGGAGUGUUGCGGCAGAUCCCCGUGGUCGGAUCCGUGCUGAAUUGGUUUUCUCCGUUACAAGCAGCUCGAAAAGGACGAACUUUUAAUUUAACAGCAGGUUCGCUGGAAUCCACGGAACACACUUACGUCUCCAAAGUACAAGGGACAGGAGUGACGCCGCCCCCAACCCCCUCGGGCACCCGCAUUAAACAGAGACUUCCAGGCCAGAAGCCUUUCAGACGGUCCCUGAAAGGUUCGGAUGCUAUGAGCGAGACAAGCUCGGUCAGUCACAUUGAAGACUUGGAGAGGAUGGACCAGCUCUCCACUGGGCCGGAGCAAAACGCCUCGGAGCCGAGCAGCCCUGAGCAGCACCCAGGAGCUCCUGGGCUUCACGAAGCCAAACAGAGCGCAGCGGUGCAGGAGAAGGCCGAGCACCCAGCAGAUGACUGCCCACAGGUAGAAGAACCGGAGAGUUUAAGAUAA